AUGGGAGGAGGGCAUGGAGAGGGCAUGACUUACAAGGGAUUGACUUUGCAUCAGCCAAAGCGAUGGCGUACAGUCACAGGAAAGGGCUUGUGUGACGUUAUGUGGUUUUGGGUACUAUACAGGGCUAAGCAAGAUGGUCCUGUAGUAUUGGGUUGGAGGCAUCCUUGGGAUAGCCAUGAUGACCAUGGCCAUGGCCAUGGACACUAG